AACAAGCCACCUAUCUCACCAAUCCGCGCGCGCGCGCCCACCAUUGCUCUCCUCUCCUAGCUAGCUCCGUCCGUCGGCAUCGACAUGGCCGCCGCUUCGUCCAGGAGGAGGGCCGGAGAGAAGAAGGAUCUCUUCCACGUCGUGCACAAGGUGCCCGCCGGCGACAGCCCCUACGUCCGGGCCAAGCACCUCCAGCUCGUCGAGAAGGACGCGGAGGCGUCGAUCGUCUGGUUCUGGAAGGCGAUCAACUCCGGGGACAGAGUGGACAGCGCCCUCAAGGACAUGGCCGUGGUCAUGAAGCAGCAGGACCGCGCCGAGGAGGCCAUCGAGGCCAUCAGGUCCUUCAGGCACCUCUGCUCCAGGCAGGCACAGGAGUCCCUAGACAACCUGCUAAUCGACCUCUACAAGAAGUGCGGAAAGGUUGAGGAGCAGAUAGAGCUGCUGAAACAGAAGCUCAAGAUGAUAUGCCUCGGUGAGGCCUUCAACGGGAAGAUCACCAAGACGGCACGCUCCCACGGCAAGAAGUUCCAGGUCUCCAUCCAGCAGGAGAUGUCCCGCAUUCUGGGCAACCUUGGCUGGGCUUACAUGCAGCAGAACAACUACGAAGCCGCUGAACUGGUGUACCGGAAGGCCCAAACAAUCGUGCCCGACGCCAACAGGGCGUGCAACCUUGGGCUGUGCCUGAUCAAACAGGGCAGGCAUGAGGAGGCAAUGCAAGUACUCGAGGAUGUCCUGCUUCGCAGAAUCUCCGGACUGGACGAUGACAAGGCGGUCGCCCGAGCUGAGCAGCUGCUCCGUGAGCUCUGCCCGACGACCCAUGUUUCAUCGCCGUUGGAUAUCGGCUUCAGUUUCACCGAGGAGAUCGUGGAGAGACUAGACCUUGUGAUGAAUGAUUGGACGCCAUUCAGGUCGAGGAGGCUGCCAGUGUUCGAGGAGCUAGACGCAUUCAGGGACCAAAUGGCUUGUUGAUUUCUUACUUCUUCGG